AUGAACAUUUCUCAACCACUUGAGCUUGUUACAUUGAUGUUCAUCGCUCUAGAAAGAUUUUACGCAAUAACGUAUCCUUUGAACCACAGAACCUUAACCAAACGGGUUUAUGUCCAUGGUGUUUUGUGGCCGUGGGCUUGUGGUAUGUUAGUCGCACUGAUCAGCUUCUCUCCAGAGCUCCUUCCCGAUUCAGCAUUUCCCCUCGUUGCCCCUCUGAUUUUGACAUCUCUGGCCGUGAUCGGUGUGUUGGCCGUUAGCAUUUUGUACACGUUCAUCUGGAUUUUCUCGAGAAAACACGAUCCUCGAAUACCGCGAGAAAGGCGCGAGCAGGACAAGAGACUUGCCAAAACCCUUUUCGUCGUGACAUUGACCUCUGUUGUAACCUGGAUGCCAUUUGCUUUGAUGCCCGUUCCACUGCAAGAAAUUCAUGAAAUUUGCAACAUGCACAUCAGGGCUUACUUUGCUGGAAGGCUUUUUCUGUUGGCAAAUUCAUUUCUCGAUCCAGUUGUUUAUUGUUUCCGCAUUUCAGAAUUCAAGAAGAUUCUUAGAAGAAUGUUCAGUUGUAGCAGGGUGGGGUAA